CUUCAUCGUACCAAAGCCCCCCGCUAUGUCAACACCACUCUCACUCCCCCUGGGAAUCCAUAACACCAACCUGUGGUCCCUUCCGAAUUUCCAUCUCACAAGGGAAGAAAAGGACGAAGACGACCACCUCUCAAACAUUCUACCAGGACUUGCUAGCCCGUCAUCUAUCAACACACUUACGAAAUUUCCCCAAUAUCGGCUUUAUUUCCCGACAAGUGUCAUUAUGGAAAGCGGAGAGAUGUGCAGUAAUCAAAUCGACGUCUCCGAGUCGUGCAAUAAGGUUAUCGUAUCGCUAAAGACUGAAAGGAUUUUGUUUUUGGGCCAGAAUGGGGCUCCUGUAUACCAGAGUCGGGUGAUGACCCUGGAAAGCUUCCAGGUCUAUAACCCAUUAGGACCCUAUCAUGUCCUUACCAUUCAAGCUAAUCGUUAUAUGCAUCGGACGCACACAGUUCACAUAUCUUUUGAAAGCUCCGCCCAACAACAAAAUCUCGAGACUACUCUGUCCGAAAUCAUCUCCCGCCCUAACAGGUCUCGCGGUGUCAUCCCCGAGACCUUCUUCUUCAACCCACCUACGGAAUCAUCACAGCAAUCUGUUCAGGCUAUCACAAACUUCUCCUUACUUUGGGGUCUUCAACAGUUAUUCACGGAUGUUGUCUAUGGUCCCGCUGUCGAACUGUUUUCUAUCAUCAAGUCCAAUUACAACCAUAGAGCAAUUGCAGAGAAAUUUCGGGUGACUUUAGCAUGGAAGGGACUACCACGAAUUGUGGUAGCUGACCAUGGGAGCAAUAACGAUGAAACCCGCUUGUCAAAGUUGUUGGAUGAUAUUGACACAAUGCUCCAGUCCACAGGGUUGACGGCUGUGGAUGGAGUCAAGGAUUUCCAUUACGUGGACCCUGACACACAUCUUCGUGAUGGUCAAGAAGGGAGCGGCUGCCGAGGUGCCCUUUUCGGUCAUUACACUGCACACUUCCAGCAGGACAAUAGAACUGUCAACUCAAUCCAUCUAUCCCUCAGGUUGAUUGAACUAUUUGUUGCCUCUGAGGUCUGUGCAGCACAGAGUCCAACGUCAGUAGCAUCAUGGCUAACUAUGCAAGCCAUGGUAAGGAUCGUAGUUGUGCAUGAACUUGCACACUUUUUUGUACACUGUCACGGUUCCGUACAAGUCCCUGAGACAGGAAAGGACCAUAAGUGGAUCACUCGUGAAAUGUUUGUAAAGGGAGAUGAUGGAAAAUCGAAACUUGAUUCUGGAUUCAUGGUUGAGGUGAUGUGGCUAGGACACCAUGCUGAACUAGUUUUCGAUGAACAUGACGAGCUGAGGCUCUUCAUUCCAGUCAGCCUUGACCGCCCCGCUUUUCAAGCUGACUCGGCAGCACAGCAACGAGCCAACGCGAAAUUAAAUGCUUCAAUUGACAAAGACGAAGAGUCUUUUGUAGACGGUCAGAUUGUGGAGGACAACGUCGUAAAGUUACUGUUGGGACCAAACUUACCCCUAGGCCGCAGCAACUCCGGAGGGAUUUUUACCAAUCUCACGUCUCCCGUACAAUCUGUGCGCUUCCGUCAAGGGUUUAGGACCACCCAUAAGCGGGCUUCCUCCCCACCACGAAGCACAUCCCCACUACCACCCCUAGGUCACAACGGUAUCUUUGCCGCGCGCCCCGGAGCGAAGAUAGUGGAGGCGCGUGGAUUAGGGCUCUACAGGCGCAGUGAUGUGUUUCAUCGUGUAAAACGCAACGACGAGGAGUGA